UAACCAGGAUCCUGAGGUUUGCUGCUGCGUGUUCUUUCUCUCGCCACUUCCGUUCUCUGUCUGAACCAGCCUUUGCUUCUGCUCGAAAGGAAGUAAGGGUGAGGGCUGUGGCCACAGCUGGUAACUGAGACUUCGGAGCGGGACGCGCGGCGGUCCGCUGAAGCCCACGAUCACCAAAGGCCCCGCUCAGCGCCGAUCACGACCCCGUGCUCUCCUCCGUCAUGACGAAAGCGCUCCUCACCUUCUGUGUCCUCGCCGCUCUCCAGGCGACCGCGGCUGCUCAGAACGGAACGGGGACGCCGCUGGCCUGUUUCUAUUGCAAAACUGGACAAAGCUGCCACCCGGCCCCCCAGACCUGCUCCCCGCCCCAGGACGCCUGCAUCAUCGUUCGAGAGCACAACACUCUCGGCGCGGAGAACUCGGGCACGUACCAGUCCUGCGCCAACUCCCGCCAGAACCUCACGGGCUUCCUGGCUUUUUACUUCGGGGCCACGGUGGCCGUGGAGAUCCAGUCAGAAAUUUGCAAGACCGACGACUGCAACGCCGAGUCCACGCCCUCCAGGCUGCCCAUCAGCAGCGUCCGCAACGGGCUGCAGUGCCCGGCCUGCUAUGCCCCGGGCUUCGAGAGCUGCGAGAGCGACGGGGCCCUGCACUGCACGGGAGGCGCCAACCGAUGUGCUGACGUCGUCGGGACGCUGGCGCAAGGUGGAGUCGCGAUCCCGUUUGCAGCCCGGGGCUGCGCUACCCAGGCGGCCUGUGGCAUCAAGACGCUGGAAUCGGGGGUGUUCACCUACAAACUGACCAAGGUCCAGUGCAGCCCGGCGCCCCAAGCGCAGCCCAGCAGUGCCACCCGGACUCUGGCCUGGGACCCCUUCACCCUGGGCAGCAUCGUCCCCUGGGCCUCCCUUUUCCUCUCUGCCCUUCUGGGGCUAUUCCUCUGCUGAUGCCCCAUCUGCGUGACUGGCUGCUCCACAGGCCAUUAGUGUCUCAGUAUAACCGGCAUGCUCUGCCCUUCCCUACCCCGGCUGUGCCUCAGUUUCCCCCUCUCUGUAAGGGGGAUAACAAUGGUGACCUUCCCUUGCAAAGGUCUUUGGGAUCCCUGGAUAGGCAGCGGCUUGAGACAGAGUCUGAUGCUGCCAGGAGGGGACUCUGCUAAUUCCGCUGGAGUUUGGAGCAAAGUGCUGUGCAUUAUUAAUAUCCCCUCACAGCUUCUCCCCCAGCUUUCAAAGAUCCCUGUGAGGGAACAGAACCCCAGACUCCUGACUCACAGCCCUCCCCCUCCCCGCUCUAACCACUAGCCCCCACUCACCUCCCAGAGCUGGGGAUAGAACCCAGGAGUCCUGGCUCCCAGCUCCCCGGAGAUUCCAGAAAAGGUCCGAGCCCCCCUGUGCAUUUCAAACUCCUCUGAAUAAAGCAUGACCAGAGA